UUACUGCAGUUCUACACAUUCCUGGAAACCACUGUUGUGACUUUAUCAUUAUUGCCACAAUUUAUUGCUUUCUUCAGUGAUGGAGAGAUACCUGGGACUCCGGGCACCCUCGCAACCACAUUCCUUGCUUUUGUCUUGAACCUUGCGUUUGCUUUGAGUGUUCUGGGAUUUCUGAUUAUGCACAUAUCUUUGGUGGCCGGUAAUACCACAACUAUUGAGGCAUAUGAGAAGAAAACUAGUCCAAAAUGGCGUUAUGAUCUUGGUCGGAAGAGGAACUUUGAACAGGUGUUUGGCAUGGACAAGCGAUAUUGGUUCAUUCCAGCUUACUCUGAAGAAGAUUUAAGACGGAUACCUGCUCUUCAUGGUCUUGAAUACCCGUCAAAACCUGACCUUGAUGCCCAAGAAUAAUAGGGAUGUGCAUGCCAAACUGAAGUUUCCUUCUUUGUAACAAAAUAUAGAAGUCCUUAGGCUUUCAACUGAUUAACCGGCUUAACUAAAUGGAACUAGACACUAAAUGGAACUGGACCUUUGCAUCUUCUCAAAUUAUGCAGAGUAACAUCACAAUAUUAUAACAGGGUCUGAGCAGAUGAACAACCUACAGAUUGGAGCUAAGGCUGGGAGAAGAUGAUGCGUUGAUAUGUCCAUUUCAUGAUUUAGAUAUUUAUGUGAUUAUGAUUCUGUAACAUAAAACAUGCUGAUUUUUCACGUUUCACAACAAUGUUGUUGUAAUUGAUUACUUGAUAAGAAAUGCAGAUUAAAUUUCUGAAGA